AUGCUGCUGUGGUCACUGCUUCUGGCCCUUGCUCCUGUCGGAGUCCAUUCCGACUGGUUGAGCAUCAGCCUGCCACACCAUGCGUAUGAAGGAGACCAUGUGACUAUAAGCUGCACAGGGGAAAAGAACCAUGAUAUAAGGAGACUAAAGUACUUCAAGGAUGGAUCUCACAUAACUACUUACAGAAGUGCUUCGAGCUACACCAUUUCAAAUGCAAGAUUCAGUGACAGUGGCUCCUAUUUCUGUAAGGCAGAUAGGAAACUUUUCCUAUUCGUAGACGUAACAGAAGAAACAAGACAUGUGUGGCUUGAUAUCCGAGAGCUGUUUCCAGCACCAGGGCUGACAGUCAGCUCCCUGCAGCCCAUAGAGGGGAGGUCAAUGACCCUGUCCUGCAACACCUGGCUCCCUUCAGAUAGGGCAACCACCCAGUUACGCUAUUCCUUCUUCAAAGAUGGCCACGCUCUGCAGUCGGGUGGGAGUUCACCAACAUUUACGAUCUCAGCAAUAUGGAAAGAAGACUCAGGAAAUUACUGGUGUGAGGCAAUGACAGCGUCUCACAGUGUCUCAAAGCAGAGUCACCGGUCCUAUAUAGAUGUGGAGAGGAUCCCUGUGUCUCAAGUCUCCAUGGAGAUCCAGUCUCCAAGGGGCUGCGGAGUUGAAGGGCAGACACUGGUCCUUGUUUGUUCUGUGGCUAAAGGGACCGGGCUCAUAAUAUACUCCUGGCACCGAGAGGAUACAGAGGAAAGCGUGGGGAGGAAAAGCCAGCGUUCCCAGAGAGUCGAGCUGGAGAUCACUACUGCCAGAGAAAGUCACGCAGGGGGUUACUACUGCACUGCUGACAAUAGCUACGGCCUCGUCCAGAGUGCUGUAGUGAACAUCACAGUAAAAGUUCCAGUGUGGCACCCUCUCCUCUCCAUCAGUGUUCCUGGGGUGCUGCCCUUCAUUGGGGAUGUGGUGGAGCUUCAGUGUGAAGACAAGAGAGCAUCUCCUCCCGUUCUGUACCGGUUUUAUCAUGAAAAUAUCACUCUGGGCAACAUCUCAACACCUUCUGGAGGAAAAGCAUCCUUUAAGCUCACUCUGACUGCGGGACAUUCUGGGAACUACUCCUGUGUGGCUGACAAUGGCUGGGGGACAAAGCGCAGUGAGGUGGUACUACUCAGUGUCACAGAGCCCCCACCCAAAGUACGUCUAGUGAAUGGUCCCCACCGCUGUGAGGGACGUGUAGAGGUGGAACAGGAAGGUCGCUGGGGCACAGUGUGCGAUGAUGGCUGGGACAUGAAGGAUGUGGCUGUGGUAUGCCGAGAGCUAGGCUGUGGAGCAGCCAAGCACACACCUAUAGCCAUGUUGUAUCCACCAGUAGUCGAUGAAGCUCUGCCUGUGCUCAUCCAGGUAGCCCUGUGCAAUGGGACAGAAAAGACCCUGGCUGAAUGUGACCAGGUGGAGACCUUUGAUUGUGGACAUGAUGAAGAUGCCGGAGCUGUGUGUGAAAGUGGGUGAUGAUGGAUCUGACGUGGGCCUGAGCCCCCUCCUUAGGCUACCAUCUUCUGCUUUCCUUUCUGUACCUAUUCUCCAGUAGAAUGCACCAAGGGCAACAUGGUCAGAUCACAUUAAGUUGUCCCUGAGCUAUUAUAAAAAGACUGUCUUGAGUGCUGGUGUUAUUUGUCCUUAUUGGCUGUCUUAAAAGAUAAAAUCAUUAGUAUUUUUAUGGUUGUGAGUUGGAGCAAAAUAUGAAGCAUCAAUUUUUACAGUUUGGGAGGUUUUAGUCAGGGUGACACUGCUUCCAUUAUUGUGAAAUCUUUUCAG